UGUAGAGGGCAAUAUUAAAAUUGUUUUAAAAUAAAUGUAUUAUAAAUAAAUGAAAAAAACAGAGGAAGAGGUGAAGAAAAGUCUCUCCGUUUUCUUCGUCAGCCUUCCUUCUUCUCUCGUCUCUCCAUUGGCAGUCACCGAACCAAAAUCAAAACCACCACCGAGAGAGAGAAAGGUUAAAGCUUUGUCUGUUUCUCUGUAUCUCUCUCCUUUUCUUUCUCUUCAGAGAAGCACAGGUCACUUGUAUCAACAAACCAUCAAACAAUGCCUGCUCUGAACAACGUUUCCGCCGCCGAGAAAGAAGACGAGCAACUUGGUCGUAGUACCACACAAGGUGAGGAGAAAGAAGAAGAUCCAGACCGCAUGGAUGUGGUGAUGGACGAAGAAGAAGAAGAAGAUUCCCAGGAGAGAAUCAAAUCUCUUACAUCAGAAGAGCAAUCAGAAUCAGAAUUUGUGGAAAGUGUUGAGCUAGAGGAUAUCCGUAAGUACGUGCAGUGUCCGAUAUGUUUAGGAAUUAUAAGGAAAACAAGGACUGUCAUGGGAUGUCUCCAUCGGUUUUGUCAAGAAUGCAUUGAUAAGUCAAUGAGAUUUGGGAACCAUGAGUGUCCUGCUUGUAGAAAACAUUGUGCUAGCAGACGUUCGUUAAGACCAGACCCAAAAUUCGAUGCUUUUAUUGCAGCUACAUUCGGAAAUAUCGAUAGUAAUGAGGAGCAGGAUUUAGCUUUUGAUGAAGAUGAAUUCGCUCGUAAUAAGCAGAUUCAAGCAUCUAUAGCUCAAGUAUCGCUACGACAAUCUGAGGCCCUUGUGAAAAGAAAGUCUUUAGAUGCACCAGGGGUCUUACCAAGAUCACAGCCUAGUGGUACUGGCUCCAGAAGGAGGAGGAGGAACUGCAGAAACAUGGAACAGGAUGAUGAUGAUGGUGAUAGCAACAGAGGCAAAGGUUCUUCUUCAGCUGAGCCUUCUGCAGAAAUACUGCCGAGAAAACGAAAAAGACGUUCUGCACCUCGUCCUACAGCUCACCCUUCUUCUUUAUGUCCAGACAACAAUGAUAACUGCGCUAAUAAUGUAACAGAGGAGGCGCAUCAUAGAGACAUCAGAGGAACAUUAUCACAUGGGCUUGGAUGGGGAAGAGGCGGCAGAAGGAGUAACGCAAGGCAAGGAAAUAAUAACCAAGUAGCUAGUAGUAGUAGCAAGAGUGUCAGGAAUGCUCGCUUGAACAGACUUGUGGAGUAUCUUGGUAGAUUAGAGAGUAACAGUGUCUAGGUAAGAAAAGAAAAUGCAUUUUCUCGACAUGUGUCUAAAGACUAGACAUGAUAAUGUUUUAAUUUUUGUAAAAACUUAAAUCUGUUUUGCA